CUCAAUGGGUAAGCAAUUGCAAGGAGUGUUCCUGCACAAAGCAGGGUUUGAGCACCUGCAGCUUGUAAGAUUUCUAUCUGGUUCUUGUUCAUAAAAUAUUUCCCUCAAUACAGAUUUUUUUUGUCUAAAACAAUAUAUGUUUUUCCUUCUUAACACAGAGUCUUUAUGGUUGCAUGAAACCAGAUCUCGAUCGCAAUGCCUACUAUAUCCAACAUCUGCCUCCUGUAUGCUGGUUGUGAGAUCUCAAGUGGAUGUUACCUCCAGAAAGGCUCUGGCUAUUAUGAUGUUCAGCUCCUUCUACAACUCUCCACCCUGUGGACUCACACCUGUUCAGAGCAUCUUCUCCUUCCUUCAAGGAAUCACAGAACCUCUUUGUUCAGCCUCCGCCACACAUGUAUGUUUCAAGUAGACUGGAAUGGAUGGUUAGUUCCAGAGAGGAUGUCCUUCAGCGCCAACACAAGCAAACCUUCUACACCAGCAUUACCUCUGCUCUUCAGUGGCUCCACCUCUUCACACUCUCUGCUUUGGGAGAAGGAAAGGGCCGAUCAGGACUCCGUACAGGGAUGGUCUACGAACAAAACCCACAUUAUCUCAGACCUCUCUGUUCUUGAGCACGAAGAGCAAUGCCACAUGUCCCCCAUCCUCACGACAUGCCUUGUGGUAUGGUACAGUGUUACAAUGGUGCUGGGGCUGGUAGGGAACAUCGGCCUCAUUUGCAUCAUCACCCAUCGCAGAGAGAAAGUCAAUGUCACAAGCAUUUUCAUCUGCAAUCUGUCAUUUUCUGACAUUUUGGUUUGCGUGUUCUGUCUCCCCUUCACUGUCAUUUAUACACUUAUGGACCACUGGGUGUUUGGGUCUCUGCUGUGCCGUCUGGUGCCGUUUAUUCAGUGCGUCUCUGUGACAGUGUCAGUGCUGUCUUUGGUUUUCAUUGCUUUAGAAAGACAUCAGCUCAUCAUUAACCCAUCUGGAUGGAAACCAAGCAUUCCCCAGGCCUACAUGGCUGUCAUUUUUAUCUGGGUGCUUGCCAGCUUCACAUCCACGCCUUUUUUAGCCUUUCAGUUGCUCACUAAAGAGCCAUAUACCAAUGUAGUGCUACCACUCCACCCACAGCUGUCUCCCCAUGUUUAUCUCAAUGCAUCUCCUCCCCAGUUUGUCUCACCUUCCUACAGAAACUCAUCUGUGCCUUUAAAUAUAUAUCGCUCUCUCUUCUCUUAUGUCCCCACCUCCCCACACAUGGAAGCCUGUGUGGAGCACUGGCCAUCUCAUGAACACAGGGUAGCGUACACCACAUGGCUUCUUCUUUUCCAAUACUGCGGUCCACUCUUGUUGGUACUACUCUGCUAUGUCAGGGUUUUUGUUCGCCUUCGCCACCGCAAAGACAUGUUGGACCGUGCCAGGACCCCAGAAAACCAGCGCAUCACCAACAGCCGGCGAAUCAACAUCAUGCUGGUCGCUCUCAUAACAGCCUUUGCCCUUUGCUGGCUGCCCCUCACCAUUUUCAACGUGUUGGCCGACUGGAACCUGGAGGCUCUGCCCAUCUGCCACCACAACCUGCUUUUUUCCCUCUGCCACCUCCUGGCCAUGUCUUCCACCUGCAUCAACCCCAUCAUUUACGGCUUCCUCAACUCCAACUUUCGACAGGAAGUGCGGGAGGUUCUGCUCCACUGUCGCUGUUUCCCACAAGAAGAAGAGUUUGAGCGUUUUCCCAUGUCCACAGUACACAUGGAAAUGUCUCGCACCUCUGUGCCUCCUCAGUGCAGAAGCAACUCAGUGUGACAUUCAUGCAUACUUCAUGUCUCAAAAGUAGGAGCUAGUUAAAUAAACUUCAGUUUAUGUAGUGUGUAUUUCUGUGUUGGUUCUUCUUAAUCUGUACAUCCAUAAUAUUAACAUGGUAACUAAUAAAAGUAUUUGUUUUAAAAGAUUAGAGGUAAUUUAAAGGUUUUAGUUUAAGGUUGUUAAAAAGAUGUUUGGUUAAACACCUAUCACAGCUACAGCAUGUUUUGUGGUUAUAGCAUUUUUGCAAUGUAAAUGGGAUUUUUACAGUCAAGAAUAAUAUGGGUAAUUUUGUGCUUUAUGACAAAGGUAAAAAUAUAUGGCUUAUUAACAUGGUUUACAUUUCUUUUGAUGAGCUAAGUUGUUUAUUAGUUGUGUUUGGGUUUUGUUUUGUAUAAAUAUUAAAAUGUCUAUUUAUUCGUUGUGAGCUUAUGGAGAAACUGAACAGCAGAAAAGUAGUAGGAAUCACUUUAUAAUGCUAAUUUACAUGUCCAGAAAAAUUGUUGCAUGUUUGAGGUUUUACUGCUCAAACAUUUUGUCUAACAAUUUCGUGUCCAUCUGUACUUUCAUGAAAUGUUUUACUCACUUUGUGAUAUAAAUAAAUAAAAAGAUUUCUUCAA